AUGCCUUCCACAUCUUAUCUCGUUUCUGGCGGCAACAGAGGUAUCGGUCUUUCGCUAGUCAAAGAACUGAGUUCUGACGCCAAAAACACUGUUAUUGCCACCGCUAGACAGCCAGAGUCUGCCAAAGACUUGAACGACUGGGCCGCAAAACAUUCCAAUGUGAAAAUCGUGCAAUUGAAUGUCUCUUCCAGCCAAAGUGCUGAGGCCGCCGCCAAGGAGACUGCAGCGCUUUUGCCUGACGGGCUAGACGUCUUGGUGUCAAAUGCUGGAAUUAUGAAAGAAGCAGGUAGGUUUUUGGACCACCCCGAUAAUCUUUAUAUUGAGCAGUUCAACGUCAACGUCAACGCCGUGGGUCCAGUCAGAUUGGUAAAAGCGUUUAAAUUUUUGCUAGACAAGAAAGACACAAGACAAGUCGCCGUUGUGUCUUCCUUGGCUGGAUCCCUCAACGUCGAGCUACCCAUGGGUCUUUCGGGUUACGGAGUGUCCAAAGCUGCCGCCAACUACGUCGUGAAAGGGUUUGCGGGGGAAUUGUCCUCUGAGGGCUUUAGCUUUGUAGCCAUCCACCCAGGUCUUGUAGAGAGCGACAUGGCAAAAAACACUUUUGCGCAAUUAGGAAGCGAGCGUGCUGACCAGUUGAAAAGCGCUCUUCCAAUGCUCACCCCUAAUGAGUCCGCCAAUGCCAUCAAGAAGAACAUAUUAACGGGCCUCAAGACAAAAAACGCCGGAAAGUUCUUGAGCUAUGAUGGUUCUGAGCUUCCAUGGUAG